AUGAGCUCGCUGAGCUUGCGGAGCCUGGCUCCUGCGUCCAAGGUUUCAAGAGCCCUUAGAGACCAACGACGACUCUUCUCCUCUACGCGACCCGCAGCUCGGAUAUUUGGCUCCCAACCGCUUCGAGCAAAGGAGGCCACUGGACCAAUCGCCCAGAAGUACCCAAUCAUCGACCAUGAAUACGACGCGGUCGUAGUCGGUGCUGGAGGUGCUGGUUUGCGUGCCGCUUUCGGUUUGGCCGAGGCUGGCUUCAACACUGCUUGUGUCUCCAAGCUGUUCCCUACUCGAAGCCAUACUGUCGCUGCCCAGGGUGGUAUCAAUGCUGCUCUUGGAAACAUGCACAAGGACGACUGGAGAUGGCACAUGUACGAUACCGUGAAAGGAUCGGAUUGGUUGGGUGAUCAAGAUGCCAUUCACUACAUGACAAGAGAAGCCCCCGCCAGUGUUCGUGAGUUGGAAGGAUACGGUUGCCCAUUCUCGCGUACCGAGGACGGUCGCAUCUACCAGCGCGCUUUUGGUGGUCAAUCGCAAGACUUCGGACAUGGUGGUCAAGCCUACCGAUGCUGUGCUGCUGCUGACCGUACUGGACAUGCCCUUCUGCACACCCUGUACGGCCAAUCGUUGCGCCACAACACGAAUUACUUCAUCGAAUAUUUCGCUUUGGAUCUUCUGAUGGAAGAUGGCGAGUGCCGUGGUAUCAUCGCUUACAAUCAGGAAGAUGGUACUCUUCACCGUUUCAAGGCUCACCACACUGUCCUUGCCACUGGUGGUUACGGCCGUGCCUACUUCAGUUGCACAUCCGCCCACACUUGCACUGGUGAUGGUAUGGCCAUGGUUGCCCGUGCCGGUCUUCCCAACCAGGAUCUCGAAUUCGUCCAGUUCCACCCUACCGGUAUCUAUGGUGCUGGUUGCCUGAUCACCGAAGGCUCUCGAGGUGAGGGUGGUUACCUCUUGAACUCGGAGGGUGAACGUUUCAUGGAGCGUUACGCUCCCACUGCCAAGGAUCUUGCCUCCCGUGAUGUCGUUUCGCGAUCUAUGACUUUGGAAAUCCGCGAGGGCCGUGGUGUUGGUCCCGAAAAGGACCACAUCUACCUCCAGUUGAGCCAUCUGCCCGCCGAACUGCUGCAUGAGCGUCUGCCCGGUAUCUCCGAGACCGCUUCUAUUUUCGCUGGUGUCGAUGUUACCAAGGAGCCCAUUCCCGUUCUUCCCACUGUCCACUACAACAUGGGUGGUAUCCCGACCCGCUACACUGGUGAAGUCGUUACUCUGGAUGAGAGUGGCAACGACAAGACUGUGCCUGGCCUGUACGCCUGCGGUGAAGCCGCUUGCGUAUCCGUCCACGGUGCCAACCGUCUUGGUGCCAACUCUCUUCUGGAUCUGAUCGUUUUUGGUCGUGCUGUGUCUCACCGCGUCCGUGACAUCGCUUCUCCCGGCAAGGCCCACAAGGAGCUCAGCGCUGAUGCUGGUGCGCAAUCGAUCGCCGAUCUCGACUCUAUCCGCACUGCCGAUGGCCCUAAGACUACAUUCGAUAUUAGAAAUGCUAUGCAGAAGACUAUGCAGACAGAUGUCAGCGUCUUCCGUACCCAGGAAAGCUUGGACGAAGGUGUUGCGAAGAUCAAGGAAGUCGACGCCAUGUUUUCCCAGGUUGGCACCAAGGACCGCAGCAUGAUCUGGAACUCUGACCUCGUUGAAACCUUUGAGUUGAAGAACCUGUUGACUUGCGCGACCCAAACCGCACAUGCUGCUGCCAACAGAAAGGAGUCUCGUGGCGCUCACGCCCGUGAAGAUUACCCAGACCGUGACGACGAGAAGUGGAUGAAGCACACUUUGACUUACCAGAAGACCCCUCAUGGCGAGGUUGACCUCACAUACCGUGCCGUGCAGGACAAGACACUCGAUGCCGAGGAGUGCAAGUCUGUGCCACCAUUCAAGCGUGUAUACUAA